AUCAGACUGUACUUAGCUGCCGACGACACUCGUCACAACUCACAACGACCCCUACACCUUCAUCACUCUUAGGGCCCAGCAGGACAAGCUUUGGGCGAGAUGGCGGACGACUACCCGUCUCCCUUUCGCUCUGAGCCGAUGAGCUUGGUACAGCUCAUCGUGCCAACUGAAGUCGCCCACGACACCGUUGCCGAACUGGGUGAACUUGGAAACGUCCAGUUCAAAGACCUCAACCCUAAUGUCAAUCCAUUCCAACGCUCCUUCGUGGGCGAGAUCCGCCGGGUCGACGAGAUGGCCCGCCGUGUACGCUUUUUCCAGUCUCAGAUCGAGAAGGAGAAGGAGAAGAUCCAAAUUCGCCCGCUGUACGACUCUGCGCCCCUCUUGACUGUCGGCCCGCGUGCUGCGCAGACGAUGGACGAGCUGGACACGAAGUUGAUGGAGCACGAGGCGCGCCUAAUCCAGAUGAACGACAGCUACCAGCUCCUCAGCGAACGCACGAAGGAGCUUGUAGAGGCUCGUCAUGUUCUACGGGAGACUGCUGUCUUCUUCGAGAAGGCUGUGAACUACGAGUCGAACGGACGGUCCUCUCUGGACGAUAGCUCUGCUCCCCUGCUCCAGCAUGAGGACCGUGAGCAGCAAUACUCGUCUAACAUGCAGUUCGACCUCGAGUUCGUCGCCGGUACCAUUGAACGUUCGCGCCUCCCGACGUUCGAGCGGGUACUCUGGCGUGUCCUGCGUGGCAACCUCUACAUGAACCACACCGACAUCGCCGAGCCCUUUGUCGACCCCGUCACGGGCGAAGAGACACGCAAGAACGUCUUCAUCAUCUUCGCUCACGGCGACACCCUCCUCGCCAAGAUCCGCAAGGUCGCCGAGUCCAUGGGCGCAACACUCUACCCCAUCGACGCCAACGCGGACAAGCGUGCAGACUCCAUGCGUGAGGUAACGGCGCGCUUGGAGGACCUCCAGGUCGUGUUGUACAACACGGGGGCGAGCCGAAGGGCGGAGCUCGACAAGAUUGGUGAGAAUGUUGCGUCUUGGGUGGACGUCGUCAAGAAGGAGAAGGCGAUCUAUGAGACACUGAACCUACUGAACUAUGACGUGCGAAGGAAAACGCUCAUCGCCGAGGGUUGGUGUCCUACUAGGGACAUCCCUCAAAUUCAGCUGGCGUUGAGACAUGCGACCGAGGAAGCGGGCACCAAUGUGCCUCCAAUCUUGCACGAGCUUCGCACGAACAAGACGCCACCGACGUACAUCCGCACGAAUAAGUUCACCGAGGGCUUCCAGACGAUUAUGGACGCCUACGGCAUUGCGACGUAUCAGGAGGUUAACCCGGGUCUCUUCGCCACGAUCACCUUCCCGUUCUUGUUCGCUGUCAUGUUCGGUGACAUUGGUCACGGGGCUAUUACGGUUUUUGCGGCCCUGUUGAUGAUCAUCACGGAGCGCAAGCUGGCGAAGGCGGAUUUGGGAGAGAUUAUCGGGACGUUCUUCUUCGGCCGGUACAUCAUCCUGCUCAUGGGACUGUUCUCGAUGUACACCGGCUUCUUGUACAACGAUAUCUUCUCCAAGUCGCUACACGUCUUCCACUCGGGAUGGGAUUGGCCGGCCGACGCCAACGGCACCGCAGUCUCCAAUGGCCACACCUAUGCCAUGGGUAUCGAUCCUGGCUGGCACGGAGCCGAGAACGCUCUCCUCUUCACGAAUUCAUACAAGAUGAAGAUGUCGAUCGUGCUGGGUGUGAUCCAUAUGACCUUCGCCAUCUGCCUGCAAGUUCCGAACCACAUUCGUUUCAACCGUCGCGUCGAAAUCUGGACGAACUUUGUUCCCCAGAUGCUCUUCAUGCAGUCUAUCUUCGGGUAUCUCGUCUUGUGCAUCAUCUACAAGUGGUGUGUGAACUGGGAGAACUCGCCCACGCCUCCGCCGUCGCUUCUGAACAUGCUCAUCGGGAUGUUCCUCUCGCCUGGCGAUAUCAAACCCGGGACGCAGUUGUAUCGUGGCCAGAGCACGGUCCAAACGAUCCUGUUGCUAAUUGCUUUCGUCUGUGUGCCAUGGCUACUCGUCACCAAGCCCUACUUGCAGUGGAAGGAGAUGAAGAAGAUCCACGAUCAGGGUUAUAUCAACUUGGGCAACGAUGAGGGCGCCCGAGCAGUAUCCGAUACGGAGCUUGAGGGUGAAGAGGAAGGAAACGGCAGAGCCAUCGCAGAAGCAAACGAAGAGGAAGGCGAACACCACGAUUUCGGCGAAGUGGUCAUCCACCAGGUAAUCCACACCAUUGAGUUCUGCCUCGGAUGUAUCUCGCACACUGCGUCCUAUCUCCGUCUCUGGGCUCUUUCUCUCGCGCAUGCCCAGCUGUCCGAGGUGCUGUGGAACAUGACCCUUGCUGGGGUGCUCCACAUGCCGGGUCUCUUUGGAUGGAUCGCGCUCGUGCUGAUGGGGGUACUCUGGUUCGUCCUGACAGUGUUCAUCUUGUGUAUCAUGGAGGGCCUGUCUGCCUUCCUGCACGCCUUGCGUCUGCACUGGGUCGAAGCGAACAGUAAGCAUUAUGAGGCUGGUGGAUAUCAAUUCGCGCCGCUGAGCUUUGCGAAGUUGACGGAGGAAUGAGGGGGCGGAGCAGUGCUUGUCGCGUUGCAGCUGGCAUGUAGCUAAGUUCCAGUCGCGGAUGGCGGUAAUAUAUCGCGUUCCUAGUGCACUU